AUGACCACGGCAGGAGAGGUGGAUUCGGCAGCAGGCGGCGAGGACCUGGAGCCGCUCUUCGACUACAAGCGAGUGCAGCCCAGGAUAACCUUCUCCUUCGACGACAGCGACCUGGAGGCGGCCGACAUCUUCAAGCACUGCAACAAGCGCCCCAAGGUCCACGCCACCACAGAGGAGAAGGAGAGUAAGCCAGAUGAGGAGGCUGCCGCCCCCAAGGUGGUGGUCCUCGACGAGGAGGAUUGGUUGCAGCCCCCGCCGCCCAAGGCCGCAUUCAGGGCACCGGCCGUGGAGGAUAGUACGUUUCGGGAACUGAGGUUGAAGAAACAGGAGUGGGCAAAAUUUGCCGAAUCAGCUCAGGAUAUAUUGCAAAAGAUGGAUGCAAUCACCAAGGAAGAAGUUGGUCCCAAGGAACCACCUGAACAAAUAAUUCUAGAUGAGGAGUUUGAACCUCCAGUUGAGAAAGCUAGGGAAAAGAUUGUCAUAUCAAUUCAGGACAAGGAUGGGCAUCAACAGAUGCGUGUAUACAAGGAUGAGAAGUUUGACAAGCUUCUCAAGGUGUACGCCAAGAAGGCAAAGCUGAACCCAUCUGAUUUGUAUUUUGUAUUUGAUGGAGAGAAGAUUAACCCAUCAUCUACACCUCAGGACCUUGAUCUUGAGGAUGAAGACAUGAUUGAGAACUGCCUGAAACCCUCGAGAUAUACUGCAGCUGCACAUGUGGGUUUGGUUGGCAAGAGCCAUCUGCAGAAAUGCCAGAGCACCCUCGUUUGUGGAAAGCUGCUUGCCGGAAUCGGAGUGGGAGGGUUUGGCAUGGGUGACCUGCUGCUGGUGGUGGUGCAGUGGUGCGUGCAGCGUGCUGUUGGAGUGUGUAAGGCUUAUGAUGCGCUUACCGCUGAUGUCAAGUUUUGCAAGUUGCAACUAGCCGUCAGCUGUGACCUGAGAGGAGACUGGGUGCGGCAGAGUUAUCAGUCAGUCAGCGCUAGGGAUGAAAGCAGUUGGAACAAGCUUAAAUUGCUCUCUUUACAUUUUUCAUGGGGAAAUGAAAUCGAAACUGAUACGGACUGCAGGCAACCACGCACCACCAUGGCACCAUGCAUCAAGCAACAGCCUUGCCACUGGUUGCGUGAAGGCAGAAAGCAUGAACAUGUUCCUUGUGCUGCAUGCAGGUCAAUAGACAGCACUCACACAAGCACAGUACGCAUCAGUUGA